CUCUGUAAGGAAGGGGGUGGAAUCUGUCCCUUACUCGGGGCUUUCGAGGCUGGUCGAGGUGUCUCCGGGGAGGGCGGCGAGGCGGAGAUGGCUACGCGGCGAUCCGCAGCGGCCGCGAGGAGUGUUGUCCCAUCAGCUGAUUAUUAUAAACAGACGCAGCAGCACCGCCACGCAUCUCCUCUUAUUUCUCGCUCUAUCCCGAGACCAUGUAGUGAUGCCGCAUCUGUCCGCAUCCUUUGCUGUCCUCCUAUGUCUGUGCUCCGCGUGCAAUGCCUUCGGUCCCGAUCUGGGGCGAGAUGUGAGGCCGGGGCAGGGAAAUGGCACGGCCGCCUUGCAAGACGAGGCGGCCCCUGCACCUGUUCCGGACGCAGCCUUGACAGGUGGUUCCUCGUUGCAGAUGUCUUGCAGUCCCGGCGAAGCUUCGAUUUAGAGGACAAUUUUGUCAACCACACCGACCCCGGGAUGGUCGUCUUCCUGGAGGAGCCCACGAAUAGCCCCGGGACUACCAGCACGACCGGGACAACCAACACGACAACGAAGGCAGCCACCACGACGACCAGACGCGUCUACCUCGCCAACUGCCAUAACAACAACGUUUCCGUGCUGUUCAUGGUCCGGAAUUACUCCAUGCACGAGCCGGUGCCGGGGGGGUACUACCCGAUGAGCGGUGGGGAGCGGCCCCCCCACCUCCCCCAGCCGUUCCUGGUGGUGGAGCCGAACAUCCUGACGACGAAGGUGUCCUACCGCGCCGCCUCCUUCCCCUUACACGAGCAGGAGCCGUACUACGAGGACCUCCUCAAGUACGAGACCUUCCUCACCUACAUGUACGAGCGGGACCUGAGCGAGAGGAAGUACUGGGCCAGCCUGAUCGCCACGAGCACCCUGGAGGACAUCCGGACGAAGGCGGUGCGGGUCUCCAUGACGAAGAACAACAGCACGGCGGAGGUGCUGGGCCACUGGUUCGUGUCGUACUCCGGCGUGGGGGCGGUGGUGAGCGUGGUCGUCUCCUACAACGACUCCGGCGGCGCCCUCUACUCCGCCGCCGUGUCCUACGGCUGUGACUUCAUCGACGCCGAGGAGUAUCGCUGCACCAAGCUGGUGAAUCCCUUGGCCAAGCUGUUUUGCGCGUCGCUGCCCUUUGUUGGUGGCCUCCUCCUGCUGGUGGGCCAUCGGUGGCUUAACUUCACCAUGUUUACGUCGGGAUUCCUGUUCACCUGGUGCUUUUUGUUCAUGCUGUGCGCUCAGGACACCCACAGCAACAUAGAUGCCCUGGGGUUAGGGACCUUGGUGGGAGCCCUGCUGGGGGGUAUCCUGUGGCUGAUCGCGUGGCACAGGUUCCAGCGCCCCUUCCACUCCUCUCUCCUGCUCAUCAUCAUGAACGUCAUCUUCGUCGGCAUGGUUGUGACUUACUUCCUGCGGUAUGCCAUCGUCCCAAGCUCCGCAAACCUGGCAGCCUUUGUGGUGUUCCCCGUUUUCUUCGCCAUCGUCAUCAUCGCAUACUCCAUUGUUGACAUCAAGAAGGUGCACAUAUUCUCAUGUACAUUCCUAGGUUCCUAUGCAAUAGUGGUCCCAUUUGCAUUUUACUUUGGAUCAUCCCUGACGUACAUUGUAAUAAAUGUGAUUGCUCUGGACACUGUGGCGCACUACUCAGAGGCCAUUGGGUUCCCUCCGUUCGAAGUCUGUGAUAUCAUCUUACUCUGCCUGUGGGUCGUCCUCUUCAUCACGGGCAUGGCUUACCAGCUGUCCCGGGAGCGCACAGGCCCUCCCUUCCACCCUCCAAGUCUGGCGUCCUGGAGAGCCACCCAGAAGAUGGCCAACUUUGUCUUCGAUAAGGUUUUCGCCUGCUUGCCCAUGGACCCUGACCCUGGAGGUGCAGGCAUUGAGGACCAGCCUACGUGGAGGCUCAGGCUGAGCUACUGCUUCAGGUUGGUGCGGCAAAAAGUCACCUGUAGGAGGCGCGACGAGACGGAAUCGGGUUACGAGAGUUUCCAGAGAGUGAGGUCCAUGUCUCAGAGUGGUGACGAACCCGACUCGGAGUUUUCUGCACCGCUGUUCACAAGGAUAAAGGAGAGGAUUGAUGGGUGGAUUGAGAGUAUCCGUUCCCGCUUCAGGAGAGAGGACGAGGAACUGCUGCAACAGACGGAGGUUUCGCCAGAGAGGAAUGAGGAUGAGGAGCAGCUGCAGGACGUGUCGGUUUCGUGCUGUAAUUUCCGGAAGAGCCAAGUGGUCCUUGAUGAUGCGUACACUAACAGUAAUGCUGAACAAGAGACAUGAAAGAAAACUCAAGAUUUCCUUCUUUUUUUUCUCUCUCUGUUUAUUCAUAAUUCUCCUUUUCUGUUUUUGUUCCAUGUGUAAUCUUCCCCUUUCUUCAGUUAUUUUUCCUUCGUGAUUCUCAAAUUAACUGUACAGAUAAUGCAGUAUUUUAUGAUUAAUUGGUAAAUUGUUAUUGUAAGUGCAUUGAUACCAGAAAGGUCAAGAUAGACUGGUAUUUCACAGACCUGGUGCUUCUUCUCCAGUGAAGGUCUCAAUACAUCUUUUUUUUUUUUGUAAGGUGAUAUGUUUUGUUACUGUAUUAAUUGUAGAUUUAACAAAUGCCAUUUCCUUAUUUUAGUAAUGAAGUUGAAUAUUUAUUUGGUAAGGUUUGACUAUGAUUUUCUGAUCCAGCUUAAAAAUAAUAAUAAUUGAAUGAUUGACACAACUUGCUUUAAACUUCCACCUUCAUUUCAUUAGAUCCAUCACAUAUUUUGUGACACUUUAUUUCAUAAAUAUCUAAAUAUAAUGUUAAUCUCCACUUCUAAUCCUUUUGAACAGUGAAGUAAAACUCGGCCUUUUUUUAAGGGGGGGUGGGAGGCAGCAAGGACAAAGUUAUUCUCAUUUAAUGCUUUUGAUCGUGAAUAUAUAGCAGCUGUGAUCUCUUCAAUUUAUAGUCAAUACCUUUCUGUUGUGCUAUUUUGGUACACUUUGUGCUAUUACGAAUUGCAUUUUAUGUUGGUCAGAGUAUUGCUUAAUUAUAGAUCUGUUAAUUUUAUAUGAGGUAGCUAUAUUUUUGCCCCAUCUUUACGUUUACAUGAUGGACACUUUUAAGUAUGAUGCAGAUCUUUAUGUGGUAGUGAUUGUUGGUCUAGAUUCUAUAUCUUUUUGAUACUUACAUUUAGAUUAACUUUGGGGACUAUAUGGAUUUUAUACAUGGUGGGACAUUUUUUCAGUGGGUAGACAGUUGAAUAAACAGCAAUUUUGGAUAAUUUUGUCAUAUAAAAGAGAAAA